GAUGAGAAAAAGGAUAUGGUGUAGUCCUCCUAUACAAUUGGGUUAGGAAAAACUAGGUUAGUAGUGCGGCAGUCAUGACAGAGGGGAGAAAGUAGGUCACAGACUGAGUACCGUAUAUCACUGUUUUUUUGUAACAGAGGGUUCUAUCAUUGAAUGGAGAUGGCCUAGCUGAUUUAUCUAAUGUAGAGCACAUAGCUCAGUGUCUCAGAGAAGGAAUAUCAGACGAACCAACCAGGAGGCAUCUCCCCCCCCCAUCUCAAACUAAGUAAACACUCACUAGCAGAGGCUUGGAACUCGCCACCCAACGAGUCAUCCUUAGAUCACCUGACAGACGGUGAUGAGAAGAUUACACACAAGCACACGUUGUCCUUAAGAUACCUUUUUGAACCUGAUUGAGGCAGCCUCGUAGAGCAAUUGCAAAUGGAUGGAAGGAAAUUCCAGAAGCUGUAAUGAACAUUUGUGAUGAUCUAAUGGCAGACCAAAGAAUGGACAUUACCUCUACAAUGAAUGAGUUCAUGUCCCCCAGCUCCAGCGACCUGAUCAGCAGCUCCGUCAACACCCCAGGCAUGGACUACACCCGCAAGAGAAAGGGCAGCACCUCCGACUACCAAAUUGAUGGAUUUUCUUUCGAGGAGUGUGGUGAUCACCAGGGCCGGAUAAAAAAUGCCAGGGAGGCACACAGUCAGAUUGAGAAGCGGCGCAGGGACAAGAUGAACUGCUUCAUAGACGAGCUGGCGGCACUAGUCCCUACCUGCAACGUUAUGUCCCGCAAGCUGGACAAACUCACGGUCCUACGCAUGGCUGUCCAGCAUAUGAAGACAUUAAGAGGAGCAGCAAACCCUUACACAGAGGCGAACUACAAGCCGUCUUUCCUGUCCGAUGAUGAACUGAAGCACUUAAUAUUGAGGGCUGCUGACGGCUUUCUGUUUGUUGUUGGAUGUGAUCGUGGGAAGAUCCUUUUUGUCUCGGAGUCAGUUUACAAGAUCCUCAACUAUUGCCAGAAUGACCUAAUUGGCCAGAGUCUGUUUGAUUACCUGCAUCCUAAAGACAUCGCCAAAGUCAAGGAGCAACUGUCGUCAUCAGAUACAGCACCUCGGGAGCGGCUCAUUGAUGCCAAAACCGGUCUACCAGUUAAGACAGACAUCACCCCUGGGCCAUCUCGACUGUGCUCCGGGGCCAGACGCUCGUUCUUCUGCCGAAUGAAGUGUAACCGGCCCUACGUCAAAACAGAGGACAAGGACUUCCCCUCCACCUGCUCCAAAAAGAAAGCCGACCGCAAGAGCUUCUGCACGAUCCACAGUACUGGCUACCUGAAGAGCUGGCCGCCCACCAAGAUGGGCCUGGACGAUGACAACGAGCCCGACAACGAGGGCUGUAACCUCAGCUGCCUGGUGGCCAUCGGCCGGCUGCAUCCCCACAUCGUCCCCCAGCCCUCCCACGAGGACAUCCGCGUCAAACCCACCGACUACGUCUCCCGCCACGCCAUCGACGGGAAGUUUGUCUUUGUUGACCAGAGGGCCACAGCCAUUCUUGCAUACUUACCCCAGGAGCUUCUUGGCACCUCUUUCUACGAGUAUUUCCAUCAGGAUGAUAUUGGCCACCUGGCAGAAUGUCACAGACAAGUGCUUCAGAUGAGAGAAAAGAUCAACACAAACUGUUAUAAGUUCAAGAUUAAAGAUGGCUCCUUCAUCACUCUGCGAAGCCGCUGGUUCAGUUUCAUGAAUCCCUGGACCAAAGAGGUGGAGUACAUCGUCUCCACAAACACAGUGGUCUCGUGCAGUAUGCUGGAUGGUGCAGACUCCAGCUAUCCUCAGUCUGCCGUCUCUCCCACUGCCUCUAUGGACAGUGUGCUGACGUCAGAAGGUGGAGGGAGACGGGCCCUUCAGACGGUGCCAGGCAUCCCCGGGGGAACACGUGCAGGUGCCGGUAAGAUCGGUCGCAUGAUCGCAGAGGAGGUGAUGGAGACUCAGAGGACCCGAGGCUCGACCCCCUCCAGCUGUGGCUCUAGCCCCCUGAACAUCAGCACCCCUCCUCCAGACUGCUCUCCAGGGGGCAAGCAAAUUCAAAAUGGAACGCCAGACCUUCCGUUGGCAGGGACGCUACCAGGACCCGACACCAUUGGAUACCCAUACUCCAACCAGUCUAUUAUGAGUGACAACUCGCACCUCAGCAUUGACGAACCAGGCUCCAGCAGCCCCAGUAAUGACGAGGCAGCCAUGGCUGUGAUCAUGAGUCUCCUAGAGGCUGAUGCAGGCCUCGGUGGCCCUGUAGACUUCAGUGACUUACCCUGGCCCUUGUGAGGACAGCCCCACAUAACCAUGCUAGUGAACUACAGCUACUGCGGGACUGGUACAGGAUGAUUCAGUUAGCAUUAUCCUAACGGGGAUUUCUAUAUUGAAAACAUGUCUUGAUGCUUUUACACUACAGUACAUAAUGGUUUUCCUUGUUGGAUAUCCCCAUUGACUAAUGAAUACAUGGUAGGAGUGUAUGGUAUCAGCAGUAAAAUAUUUUUUUAAUUAAAGUUUGAGCUUAACAGAUGCAGUGUGUUAAUGAAUAAGUAGUAUCCAUAUUUAAAAUGUUCUAAACAA